CAUUUUUGGCUUGUUUAAUUUAAGCAAGCAGUCGCUUGGGGUUUAAAUCCGGAAGACGAUUUUCUUUUAUGGUAUUCACAUUCAUCAUAUUCGAAAAAAAUGGAAGAACUGUCGGCCAGCAACAAAGACCACUUUACUCUUGCAGUUGCCACCAUUUCAGUAAUGAUCUUUGCUAUUUCAUGGCGGAGAUGGAAGUCUUCGAGCUCUUCAGGUGCACCAUCAUUGCCACCAGGUCCUCGUUCCUUGCCGAUUGUAGGUUACCUUCCAUUUCUUCGUCGUGACUUACACAAACAAUUCCGUAACAUGGCUCACAUUUACGGACCCAUUUUCAAGUUUCACUUGGGAAGCAAACUUCAUGUCGUCAUAAAUACACCUGACCUAGUAAAGGCUGUGGUACGUGAGCAAGAUGACAUAUUUUCUAACCGGAAUCCGUCAAUAGCUGCCUUAGCGAUCUCCUAUGGAGGCCGAAAUGUAGUAUUUUCUGACAACAAUUCAGAUUGGCGUAACCUUCGUAAGAUAUUUGCCCAUGAGGUUCUAAGCAACAAGAAUCUUGAAGCGUGCAGGUUUUUUCGAAGGGAUGAAGUGAGGAAAACUAUCAAAAAUAUUUAUAGUAAAAUCGGGACCACAAUUGACAUCAGCGAGAUUGCUUUCUCAACAGAGGCUAACGUCCUUACAAGCAUGGUUUGGGAAAACACUUCAGAUCCAAACGCAAAAGGUCGCCAAUUUGGAGCAGAGUUGAAGAGGAUUUCUUCAAAUAUCGUUGAGCUUCUAGGACAACCGAAUCUCUCUGACAUCUUCCCUAGUGUUGCAUGGCUUGAUCUACAAGGCAUUUUACGGAAGAUGAAGAGGCAGGAUUGUAUAGUCGGUGGAUACACCAUUCCAAAAGGAUGUACUGUGCUUCUGAAUGUUUGGUCAAUCCAUCGGGAUCAUCGGUAUUGGGACAAUCCGUUAAUAUUCAAUCCAGAGAGGUUCUUGACAAACAAAUAUGAUUUCAAAGGAGGCAAUUUAAAUUUGAUAUGCUAUGAUAAGGAUGGUUAAUAUUGUUUAGAUACCUCCAAAAUCGAUUUAGUUUGACCCAAAAUCACCUUAGAAUAACUCAUUAUCACUUGGAAUUAAUUUGGGAAGAAAAGGGUAAAAGUUAAGAUUCUUCGUCUUAGAUGCCCCUUACUGUGACAUCCUAAAACUUCUCGGAUAGGAAAAAACCGAUUUAGUUUAUGCUUUUAAAAUAA